AUCGAUUGGCCAAUUCUCAACCUACAAGAUCCUCUCCAGUUCGGUUCUCGAUUCGAACCGGGCAUAGCACAAGUCCUCCUCUCGCCUCUCUGACCCUGGCCUCGUCAUCCCGAAUCGGUCCUAGUCGAAGCCAGCGCCGCCGAUUAUCUCCACACGAGAAAUUGCAUCCUCUAUGCUUCAGCCGCGACUUGCAGCGCAUCCACGUGUGCGGCGUCGUAACAUUGCCGCUCAUAAACGGUCUCGACGACGUACGGAUAAGUAGCACGUGUAUCUCAGGUCAAUAAUGAGAUCCAGCCUGCCGGGUUCAUCUGCACCUGGCUGGGCUAUCCACAGGUAGCACCGGCUGCCCGGAUUUGGCAGGUGGGAAUGCACAUGGGUUUUCGUCACCAGAUCGUAUAUGAACGCGGCGCGCGCUGCUCCUGACGGGGCGAGAUGGUGAUCGCCAGCACUCGGCAGCGUAUCAACACUUUCGUUUUUAGUAUCUGCCAGCCUCCCACCCGUGAGGCGCGCCCCUUUAAGUAUCGCGUCGCCCUGCAACGGUCGCACAUACCUCCAACAUGUUGGCUAUCUCCGUCUUCGCCCUCCUCUCACUCGGUUCGCCGUGCCUCGCGUGGGAAUGGGGAAAGAGCGGCAAAUGGAAUCAUAAGCAAAGGACGACGUGCCACGGCGGGGAGUCAACGAUCGAGUACACUACCAUCUCCGGCUUCUUUCAGCAAGACGACCCCUCUACCGAUUCUAGUAGCUUCGACUAUGCUGAGGUCAACUAUGGCCUCAUUGAGCGGCCCUACCUCACUGAUAACGAGUUCGACCCCAAAGGGGAGAAGACCCAGUGGGAGCGUUUCGCCUAUUACGUCAAUACCUUGAACCUGGAAAGCGAUAAGAAUACCCAAUAUAAGGUCCUAUUUAUGGCUCGUCACGGCGAAGGCUACCACAACGCCGCAGAGAGUUACUAUGGUACUCCAGCGUGGAAUUGCUACUGGGGCCCCCUAGAGGGAAACGGAACUUCGGUCUGGAGAGACGCUCUACUAACCGAGGCCGGUUUCGCUCAAUGCACCAAGGCGAACAACUUCUGGAAAAACGCACUAGCCGUCGAGAAAAUCCCCGCACCCCAGGCGUAUUACAGCAGCCCCUUGAUCCGUUCGGCGACGACGGCCAACCUGACCUUCAACGGCCUUGACCUCCCAGCGGACCGGCCGUUCGUGCCCAUCGUGAAGGAGUUCCUCCGCGAGGGGAUUUCUAUGCGUACCUGUGACUUGAGAUCAAACAAGACGUACAUCCAAUCCCUCCUCCCUGCAUUCACCUUCGAGGAGGGCUUCACCGAAAACGACGAGCUGUGGAGGGGAUAUGAGGGAGAAACCAGCGAGGCUCAGAGAAAGCGGACGAAGAUCUUCUUAGAUGAUGUCUUCAGCAACGACGACAGCACAUGGGUCAGUAUCACGAGCCACUCUGGUCAGAUCCGCGAGAACCUCAGGAUCCUGAACCACAUCGAAUUCAGAUUGUCCACUGGCCAAGCCAUCCCGGCGCUCAUCAAGGCUGUUAACAACCGCAGAGUUGAGCCUGUCACCACCACCAUCCAGUCGUUUGUACCUGAGGCAACAUGCUCUUCCCCUCCGAUCACCAGCAUUUCCGGCCAAGGAUGCGUCUGCUCGAGCGCAGCUUCUACUGCCGUCUUUGCCUCAGCUACUCCUACGGCGACACCGGCGUAGAGCAUCGCCAGGAGGCAUGCGGUGAGAACGGGGCUAUGGAAUAUGACAGUACCUAACUAGUUUAAUGGUAAUGAUAUAAUUCUUCAUGUGUUA